UUGGGAAGUGAGACCUUACCGUAAAAACGCGUGGGGCAGCGCUGCACGUGAAUCCUCCUCCCCCCGCUGAGAGAGAGAAAAGAAAACCUAAAUUCCAAUCUCAGACAAACGCAAAGAGGGCGCAGAGCCAUCUUCUCCUUCUCCUCCCCCUUCUCCUCUGCAACUCUCUCUCUCUCUCUCUCUCUCUCUCUCCCCUCUGAAACGACAGACAACCACGAGCUCUCUCUCUUCUUUCGCUCUCUGAAAGUUCUGACAGGGACAAUGACGGCUGUCUCCGCUGACGUCGCCAAGCUAACGAAGCGUGAGAAUAUUAGUGACAUGGAUGGUUCUUUGCCCGCCGAUGGGGCCUUCAAUUACGAGAGCAUCCUCAGCGCUCUCGAUUUCCCAAUGGAAGACAUUGAUGACAGUGUCGAAGAUAACGAUUGGGACACGAAGUUCCAAGACAUAGAGCCGCCGCCUAACAUUGAUCAGUUGCUUGGUCCAGGAAUUUUUAGUUAUGAUGACGAAAAGAAACAUACCAACCUCUCCACUCCGUAUGGACAUAUGUAUCAGCGACCGCAAUUCCCAAGUGUUACUUGUGAACCAUCCGCAGCAGAGUUAGCCUUCGCAAAGAUGGCCUUGAAAGCAUUGGCUCUUGUGCUGCUCAAUUUGAGCCCAAAUUUGAAAAGCGCACCCGAAGCAAGCUUUCACGAAGCAGGCGUGCAAACCCAAUUAUUUUCAGUACACAGUUCAUCCUCAGUACCUCAUCCAAUUCCUCUGCCUCUGAAAAUUUAUAUCGUUGGGAUGCUUGUGAAUUUGACUUAGAAGCCUCUCGCACAGAGGAUACAUCAAACACUGCCAAAAGAAAACAGAAGAAGAAAACGGGAAAGCUCUCCAUGG